CGCCAUCUAGCUAAGCUAGCUGCCCUGUGAUACCAAUAUGCAUGCAUGUAGUUGAUCAUUACCACACCAUCAUCCACUCCAUCCCAUGCAUCCCCCGUCUCGCCUCGCUCGGAUUCGUUUGCGAUUGAAUUGAUCAGCUCUGGAUUGAAGCAAUCUCAUCAGAGCAGUAGAUAUAUCGGACGGACUCGAUCUGCCUCCGAUCCCGGCCUUCCUUUCGUUGGUCUAGCUUGGACCCAUCGAAGAAUAUAAUUAAUUGUUACCAGUAGCUCAUCUCUCGCCGAGGAAAUUGGACUUCUCGUUGCAAAGGGAGUUCAUGAUGACGAGAGAUAUAUCCCUGAUUAAUUAGAGGAUUGAUCGACCGAUCAUGGGUUAGCUUGACAGCCAGUUGCGCGCCUUACUUCUCUGUUAACUGUUGUCAGUGUUCUACAGCGUUGGAAUUAUUUCAUCAUGCUGAUUGAAGGAGUGGCUUUGCAUGCUAGAGACAUUGAUGGCGUCAUAGAGGAGGUACUUAAUGCUGUUCAAAGGAAGACCAACGAGUACAUCUUCUAUUUUAUUGGUUGAGUAGGUUACGGCACGACUGCAUUCCUUGGCUACAUGGCACGAGUGCUUCCAUCCAUGAAAGAUCCUCCUCCAGGACGUCGCUUUGGCAGAAUAAUUUAUCUAGAUUGCUCAAUGUGGGAAAGUAAAAGGGCGAUGCAGAGAAAACUUGCUGAGGAGCUAAAACUGGACCGUAAGACCAUGGCCAUGUUUGAGGAGCAGGACGAGGAGGAUGACUUUUAUGGAGCGGACCGUGCCUCUAGGGGUGUGAUACGAAAUGUGGCAGCAGUGAUUGACCAAACCCUGAGAGGGAGUAGAUUUAUGGUCAUCUUUAUUAACGGGAGUGAUGAUGAGAUCGUCCUAGGUCCAUUUGGGGUUUCAGACUAUCAUGACCACGUAGUAAUAUGGACUUUCACAUCUAGAACUUAUGCAGAGAAGAUAAGACACACGAAAAUUAGGCUUGAUUCCUGGUGGAGUUUAUCACAUUUAACAAGUCCAGAGCUUAGUGCUCUGUUGCAUGAAGAGGCUGCUACCUUAGCAUGUUUGCGGGGCAUCGAUCCAACAAUGGCCUUAGAUUGUUUAUUCUACAGGUCAUUCCUGAAGGAGAGUCGUGAUAUCACCUAUCAAUUUAUUGUGAGAGAACAUGAUCCCUCAAGCAUCUGGAUAUGUGACGGGUUCAUUCAGGGGGACAGAGCAAGGGAGAUUAGUAAGGCAUUAGAAAUUGAUGAUGAUAGGUAUCUGCAGGCUGAGUAUAUUAUUAAUGAUUUGUCUGAAAACAUAAGGACCCCUUACCUAAUUGUCCAAGAUGCUGAUGAGUUACUUGAUGCAUAUGAAAAGAGACCUUACCGUUGGAUUGCUAUCAAAUUGAAGAAUAAUAUCACCUCAAAGAAUAAGAAGGUACAAGAAGAUCUGCAGACGACACUGGCAGGGGCAUCAUCAAUCAUCCUAGGAUCUGGAUGCUCUGAUGAAAGCCCACAUGUUUUAUUACCAAAUGACUUGUUUAAACAGUGCAAUAACCUUUGCAUGUUGAUCCUAUCCCGUUGCUCCUUGAGCUUUGUAUCACCCCCUUUCUCCCAAUGCCACACAUUGAGAUACCUUGGGUUGGACCACUGCACAGACGAUGGUACUAGUAGUCAACUUGAAGGAGAAGAGGACCAUAUCACCAAAUGGGCAUGUUUGUAUAGCCUGUUGGUGCUUGACCUAUAUUACACAGAAUGGGGUGAGAUCUUAUCCGAGGAGAAGAUAGAGCUUAUGGCUAACCUCGCAGAGCUAAAUAUAGAGGGAGUUUGGUGCUGGCAGUGGAUAUGUCAACUAGAGAAGAGAUUACCUUACCUUCAAAGGCUCCGAAUAAUCAAGCCACCGGUGCGUCUGGCACAGACAUCACCAACAGACAUCAUCAGCAACUCACUGAUAGACAAGACAGAGCUGGAAGUACUUGACUUGUCUAGUAACAUUGACAUGGAAAAUCUACCGACAAGCCUAUCAAAAGCAAGCAAGCUACAGGAGCUUAUUCUUGAUGGUUGUGUUGGGCUAGAAAAAGUUGUGCUUGCUAACCCCUCUCUCAAGUCAUUCAGUUUUGACUGCUCCAAACAUCAUGUAGAUGAUGCGGAUAAGAAAUAUGUGAAAAUCUCCAAGAUAUCCCUAGAAGGUUGCACACAGUUGGAGAAAUUGAUCUUGUGUGGGCUGCCCAAUCUCGUGGAGCUAUACCUUUCGAGGUGUCCAAUCAAGAUACUUGAUUUGAAACCAUGGUGAAGGAUGUCCCAAGGCUCAAGCGGCUUUUUCUCCUAGGUUGCGAGCACCCUCGUGCAAUAAGGAACUGCUCCUGGUUUCGGGGGUUGCUUUGUAUAGACACACGACCUACGAGGAUGCUUGGAUGCACUCGUCCGUCAUCCUCAUCCAUUGCCCAACUUGAAGGCUUCGGAUUACAGGUGCAUGCCAUUGUUACGGAUGCUAGGCUCGUUCGGGUCUCGCUAAUUUACGGUUGACCGUAGGGAGCCCCUCCCUACGGUCGAUCUCCCGACCGUUUUUUU